CUUCCCCUAUGAAAGUGUCAGGAAGUGGUCUCGCACCUUUGAGUUGUGUCAGUCGCACACAAGCAGCAAAAAAAGAAUGUCCGCUCAAGGAGAGACUAUGUUCGAGCCCUCGGGUUCCGAUUGGUCUACUCAACCACCGCCCCCGCCGUACGAUGAAUCGGUACAGCAGGAGCCGCCACCCUACUCCCAAGACUUGUUAGAAGACGGCGAGCCCAAAGAUGAAACGACAGGAGCCCAAGCGAUGGAAGGAGACGAGUCCUCCCCUGAUACCAAACCGGAGGAUCAGGCGGAGGACGUCCCACUGGCCGAGACGUCGGCUUUCGAAGACAAGACAGUCAGGAGGGCGUUUGUUCGGAAGGUUUUCUGCAUCCUGACGCUGCAGCUGGUGUUCACGUUCAGCGUGGUGUCCGUGUUCACCUUCUCCAAGGUUGUGAAGAAGGCGGUGCAGAAAAACAUUUGGGUCUACGUCAGCUCUUUCAUCAUCUUUGCCCUGGUCACCGUCACUCUCAACUUCGCAAAGUCCCUCCGGCGGAAAUACCCCUGGAACAUCAUCGCUCUGGCCACCGUGACGCUGAGCCUGUCGUACGUGGUGGGUACCAUGGCCUCCUACCACGACACCCGCGCCGUGAUUAUCACCAUGGCAACCACCUUGGCCAUCUCCCUCACCAUCAUCGCCUUCUCAGCACAGACACGCUACGAUUUCUCCUGCUGUUAUGGCCUUCUGCUCAUCCUGGCGGUGGACUUGUUGAUGUUCGGCGUGUUCAGCAGCUUCUACUACUUGCACAUCGUUCAAGUUUGUUACGGGUGUUUGGGCGCCCUGCUCUACUCUCUGUUCCUGAUGGCCGACUGCCAGUUGAUGAUGGGCGUACUGAGCUACCGCCUGGACCCCGAGGAGUAUGUGACCGCGGCGCUCGUGAUCUACCUGGACAUCAUGCUCAUCUUCAUCUACCUGAUGAGCAGAAACUGAAACGCACGCAAACAUCACCACCUUCUCCUGGCCUUCCAGUCUUCCAGUCUUCCUUUUUCAGGCUUCAUUUGGCUACUUCUCAACAGUAAUUACAGCAUUCAUGAAUGCAUCACAGCAGACAUUUGUGGCUGUGACGAAUGGUUCAUCAAGGUUCCUGAAAUUAGUCAAAGGGACCAAAUACAUCCAACUGAAAAUCAUUCAUGUCAUUUUUAAGCUUACAUUUAUAUCUUAUACGUCAACUAAUGCUCUAUGUUUACAUGAAUCCAAUAAAGUUAGGGUUUCCAAAAUACGGUUUCAAGCUUGUGGUGAAGGUUUAAAAGUAGGGUCAGUGUUUCAAGACAGGAAUAGUAGUUCAAAGUCUGUUUUCAAGACUGAGGGUUUCAAACUAGGGUUAGGGUUUUAAAUUAGUUUUAAACCCGGCUCAGUAUUUCCAAAUCUGUCUUCAAGGCUGGGAUAGUGUUUGAAAUUAGGGUUAAGGAUUCACUUAAAGGCUUGCCGCUAGUGUCAGGAAUUCAAAUUGGGGUUUUAAGAUGCUUUAAGGAUUUCAAGUUAGGGUUUCAAGCCUGCAUUUGGGUUUGACACUAAGGUUAAGCUUUCAAGCUGGGGUUUGAAAGUCAGGUUUCCAGUUUGGCUCAGGGAUUCAAACUAGGGUUACGGUUUCAAAUGACGGUUUGAAGCUAGGGUUGGGAAGGUUUCAAGCCUGAGUUAAGACUUAAAGUUAGGGUUUCAAGCUGGUCUUAGUGUUUCCAAGUCAGUUUUCAAGCCUGAGUCUGGGUCUCAUUUGAGCGUUUCAAAUGAAGGUUUGAAGCGAGGGUUGGGAAGGUUUUGAGCCGUCAAGUUAAGGUUAAGGUUUCAAGGUUAAGGUUUCAAAGGUUUCAAACUUUAGGGUUUCAAAGUCGGGUUGCCAGUCUGGCUCAGGGUUUCAAACUAGGGUUAGGGUUCGAAAUGAUGGUUUCAAGCUACGAUUAGGGUUUGAAAUUCCCGUUUUAGGACAGGGCGAGCGUUUCAAAGUCUGGUUUCAAGCCUGAGUUACGAUUUACCGAUAGGAUGAGGGUUUCACAAGGGUUAGGGAGUCAAAUGUUCAAUUUCAUAAAUCCGCACAAUAAAUUGUCACAAUCCCCACAAGAGUUUAUCUAAAAAGUCUACACCGCCCUUUUCAAAUGCAAGUUUUUUUGUGAUUUAAAAAAAAAAAAAAAAGAAUCAUACGAAAAUAAAUAAUUUACAAACAUUUUCCACCUUUAAUGUGUACCAACAGUAAAUCCUAUUUCACAUGCGUACUGAAAUAUUUUGGACGAUAACAGUUGAAUUUAUCGUGACAUUCCUUCAUGUGAGGCACAUUAGUAAGCAGUAAAAAGUUCAAAAACAACAUCACGCUGUUCCAUGAAGACACGUUCACAAUCACCGUUGAGGUCACCAUAGGGAGGCGUAGUUGAAGUGUACCCGCAGUAGGUAGCGCAUGCGCGUCUGAGCCGGGUUGUACACAAUGAACUCGUUGUACAGCAGCGAGUAAGUGCCACCCAUGGACGACCCGGCCGUCCUCGGGGUCAUCUUCACGCCGGGACCCAUCGGGACCGUCACGCCGUUACUGAAAAACGUCAAAGAAUGAAUGAAUGAACACUUCGGUUAUGUCCAUAUCUAAGGAAUUUCCAUAAUGUCCCCGAGUCAAAUUGACCCAGGGAAAUUAUUGCUGUUCCUAGGAAAUCAAUGUAACUGAGGGGUUCAAGACACUAAAAGGUCAGUGGAACAUAAUUUCCGUUUCACUGGGUCAAA